GCGUAUUUAGGGUAAAGGUGAGCGUUUCCAUUUCUGCACAUCACUGUCAGUGGAUAAAGAGUGCUUUCAGACACUCCGACCGAAAUAACUCCGGGUUAUUUAGUGGGCAUCAUGGCACUCAUCAGAGGUGUAUUUAUUGUAUCUGCCAAGCGCACUCCAUUCGGUACCUAUGGCGGUGUGCUGAAGGACCACAGUGCAACUGAUCUGGCUGAACAUGCUGCCAGGGCGGCCCUCGCUGCAGGGAGCGUGGCACCAGAGCUUGUUAACAGUGUCAUCAUGGGGAAUGUCAUGCAGAGUUCAGCUGAUGCGCCUUACAUUGCACGUCACGUGGGUUUGAGGUGUGGUGUGCCCAUCCCAGUACCUGCUCUUACUGUGAAUAGGCUGUGUGGAUCUGGUUUUCAGUCGAUCAUUAAUGGUGCUCAAGAGAUCUGCCUAAAGGAGUCAGAGGUGGUGUUGUGUGGGGGGUCAGAGAGCAUGAGCCAGGCACCAUAUGCUGUUCGCAAUAUAAGAUUUGGCACCAAGUUUGGCUUUGACUUAAAGCUGGAGGAUACUUUGUGGGCAGGGUUGACUGACCUGCAUGUCAAGAUACCUAUGGGCAUCACAGCUGAAAACCUGGCCGAAAAAUACCAGAUUACCCGAGAAGAGUGUGACAGUUAUGCACACCAGACCCAGCAAAGGUGGAAGGCUGCUAAUGAGGCAGGUCACUACAGUGCAGAAAUCGCUCCCAUCGACGUGAAGGCCAAAAAAGGCAAGAUGUCCAUGGCUCAGGAUGAACAUCCUCGUCCCCAGACGACACUGGAACAAAUGGCCAAACUUCCUCCAGUCUUCAAGAAGGGAGGGACCGUUACCGCUGCCAACGCGUCGGGGGUAUCUGACGGGGCCGCUGCUGUGGUGGUUGCCAGUGAGAAUGCAGUGAAAGAGCACAAACUCACUCCAUUGGCUAGAAUAGUUGCCUAUCAUGUGUCUGGCUGUGAUCCAAGCAUCAUGGGUAUUGGUCCUGUUCCAGCCAUCACAGGGGCUCUUAAAAAAGCAGGUCUUUCACUCACUGACAUGGAUCUUGUGGAGGUGAAUGAGGCAUUUGCCCCCCAAUACUUGGCCGUUUCCAAGGCCCUUGGAUUGGAUCCCGAAAAAAGCAAUGUCAACGGUGGCGCUAUUGCUGUUGGACAUCCACUUGGAGCCUCUGGGUCACGCAUCACUGCUCACCUUGUUCACGAGCUCAGGCGACGAGGGGGGAAAUACGCCAUUGGCUCUGCCUGCAUCGGUGGGGGCCAGGGCAUUGCUAUCAUUAUUGAAAACACUCAGUGAAGAAGCUGUGGCUAUAGUCAGAAAAAAACCCUCUGAAGAUAAUCCUCAAUAAUUAAGAGCAGCAUCAUUUUUACACAAUCAACCUACAGGGGAUAAAAACUGUAUUUUGCAUUCUUGCACACACACAUUAAACGGCAAGUGACAGGCUCACAAGAAAGGCUCCACUUGCUGUGUUUGCCCUAACACAGAAUAGGACUAUCCAUCCAUCCAUUAUCCAAGCCGCUUAUCCGAAUUCGGGUCACAGGAUGCCAGAGCCUAUCCCAGCAGUCAUUGGGUGGUAGGCGGGGAGACACCCUGGACAGGCCGCCAGUCCAUCACAGGGCUGACACACACACACACACACACACACACACACACACACACACACACACACACACACACACACACACACACCUAGGGACAAUUUAAUAAGGCUGAUUCACCUGACCUAUAUGUCUUUGGACUGGACAACACCAGGGUUUGAACCCAGGACCUUCUUGCUGUGAAGCGACCACGCUAACUGCUGCGGGACCGUGCUGCCCAGAAUAGGACUAAUACAAUAAUAAUAAUAAUAAUAAUAAUAAUAAUAAAAAAACUGAGUUUGUAUAGCGCUUCUCAUCUGCAGAGACACAUCUCAAAUCGCAGAUAAAAGACUAUAGUUUUUAAAAAAUAUAUAUAUAUUUAUAAUAAAAUGAAAGAUAAUAGAGGGGUGGGCCACGGUAAAAUAAAAAAGAGUAGAAUAAAAUGAAGUAAAAAGAGGAUUAAAACAAGUUACUUCCUUUAAUAUCCUGCUGCUUUUACUUGAUUGCCUGUCAGUGCAGGUUUUGUUACCUGUUAGUGGAACCGAGACCGGGGACAGUGUGAGAGCUACAUGUUCCCUCUUUCAGAAGUCGGUCCUUCAGCUGCUGGACAACAAUGCUGGGCCCUUCUCUUCUAUAUUCUGCAGUCUUCUCCACAACCUCUUGCUGUUUCAUACUCCAGUUAACUUGUGUUAGUGUAUUUAUAUGGAAAUCUAGAGUACGUGUUCUCGCUGAAUGUAUGGAUGCUUUUUUCUGUGUGUGCCUUGAAUACAAAACUAGUUUUUAAACUGUAUAUCCCUCAGAUGAGGUAUAUACUAUGACACUUCGGUCUGAGAAAAUUUGCAGUUUUUCUGUGGGUAUAAAAUACUUUUUGCCCUAAAAUUACUCAGACUACCACUGUUUGCAUAAAUAUGCCUUAACAGUUAGGGCUCAGGAAAAAAAAGAUUUUUUAUUUGUAUAUCAAACAAUGACUCCCAAUAAACUUAUUGAAUC